AUGUCCUUGAACAUAAAGUCUGAGCUAGACACCGAGGCCUCUAGCAGCAGCUUUCUCGGUGAUCUAGGACCCCCGAUCAGAAGGUAUCCGUACAAGGGGACUAGACAGUUUUUAGAAACUGUAAAGAUGGAACUAAGUCGCCAGGAAGAGGAAUUCGAGGCCAGUGAAUGGGUGCUCUUCACCAAGGUUAAUGAGCAGGCCUUCAGUCGUGACUUCCUAAACUCGGACGACAAUAUCCUUCAGCGUUGCUGGAAUUCUUACAACUCUUCCCAACACCUUCUUCUUGUCAAAAUGACAGUCUCACGCGCUCAUGAAAUUGCGGCACGCGUAUUCGAAAGGCUCUUUUUUGAUUGUCUUAAGCCAAUGGGCCUCGAUGACUGUCUUCAAACCUUUGGAUCCGCCACUUGCAAAGCAGAAAAUGGCUCCGCUAAACAACCCGACUGCCAAUUUUUACCAAGAAGGCUUCCUCGAGCUCGAACGAAGAAAUGGCCCUCGGUUAUCGUGGAAACGGGCUUUUCAGAGUCGCCUUCCAAAUUGACGUCCGAUGCUCGGUUCUGGCUUUCCGAAUCAAACGGUGAUGUUCAAAUGGUCAUCACAAUCAAGAUCGGUCGGAGCUCGCCCAACAUCGUGCUGGAGUCAUGGGAACUUGUGAACAAUAGGGUCCAACGUCAGCAAGUCAUUACCAUAAGCAAAGGCGAUAACAAUCAUGUCUACCUCCGGGGCCAGCCGCUUAUUAUCAGCUUCAAUAAGCUCUUUCUUCGCCCACCGAGCAUCCCGAAAGAAAUAAACAUCAGCCUUGACGACGAUAUUUUGAAGAAAAUUGCUAGGAACGUCUGGGAAGAGCAAGGUUUUUGA